UCGCUGCCCCGCCCCCGGCCCCGGGGUCUCCCUCUACCUGCCCGUUUACCGCGGCCGUACCCGAGCCGUGGGCGGGGGGAGGCGGGCGAGCAAGCCCCGCGCGCGCACCGACCCACCCCAGCCAGACCCCACCGAGAGGCGCCGACGGCAUCGCCCGCGCGCACCCCGGCCAAACCCCCCCGUUUCCGUUCUCGCCUUCUCGGCCCACAGGCCACAGCCCGCGCGCGCGCGCGGCGCCCCCAGCCAACGCCGCCAACUCGGCGGCACCGCCGAUUCGGCAGCCUGGCGCGCCCGAGGGUAAGUACAGCCGUGGCUGACAGCGCACCGGACCCCGCGGCCGCGCGACACGUACGCCCCGGCCCUGCUGCGGCUGGUCGCCCACUUUUUCCCCGUCCCAUCCGGCGUCCGUGCCGCGGUAGGCGGCUGCUGUUAUUGUGGCCGACGACUCGACUCCAUCCAUGGGAAUCUCCCGCUCCGCCUCCGCGGCCUCGGUUUCGGUUGGGCGUGCACCCACCGCCCAGGACGGGGAGGCCGGCUAGCCGCUGGCAUAAGUAACCCCGGCUUGCCCCGCCGUUUCCCACCUAACCCCAUCGUUAUCUCCUCCCACCCACGCCCCAACCGGACCCGUAACACCAAACAGUCUCAGGCCCCGACCACAGGCGCAGGUCAGCCCGCCCGCCCGCCCAGGGAGAGGAGGAGAGGGCCUCGUGGAGUGAACAGCAGGAGGACGAAGAAGGAAAAAGUAUGGCCGCCGCCGCUGCCACGGUGACGGCGGUGUCGAGCGGCGGCAAGCGCGAGCGCGACAUUGUCGACGCCGGCAUGCCGAAGAAGGCGAAGAGAGGGAGGCCACCGCCGCCGCCGGAGGAGGUGGAGACGUUCCUCGCCGCCGCGGAGAGCACCUUGGCGCGGCGCUUCGCGGCCAAGUACAACUAUGACGUCGUCAAGGACGCUCCCAUGGACGGCCGGUACGAGUGGGUCCGCGUGGGCCCGUGACACGAUCGCGCAACGGCCACUCCACUCGGCCAGUCAACCGUCAGAUCGAAGAGGAGAGGCCGCGCCCGUGUCCGCUUCGGUGUUGAUUUCUCUUGUACUGUAGCUAGUACUUACCGUGUGUGCAAAACUUCUCCUGGCUGUAAUUAUGCUCACGAGAGGGCUAAUCAUGUGAAGCCUCAACCUUGUACGUCACUACGCCAGUGGAUGUUCCGCUUGUAACCUAGCGUUUGGUUAACAUGUCGUUAUGUGUAGCCCAGGAAAAAAAAAGUUGUAACUUGUCGGUGUGCUCAAUUUGUCGGUUCCCCGUUCAUACCAAUGAAACAGAGUAUUAGGCAUUCAGGCCCACACAGACUUCUCCUCUGCUGAACUGUAACAACUUUUGCCUUCUUA